CCCCUCUAGCAUUGAGCCUCAGUCAGUGCACAGAGAGGGGGAAGGAUUCAAACAUUCAUUAGAAACCACUAGAAUUACCCCAGAUGCUCAGAUGAAACAAUCUAUACUUGAGAAUAAGCUACUUUUAUUAAAAAGGCUCCUGCUGGAGUCUGUGUAACUCAAAGGAAAGGGGGAGGCAGGAGCUCCCCAGAGACCCUGGAGCUGUGGUGACAUUUGUUACGUAGACACAAGCACAGUUUAAAGUGAUUGGACCAGACCACCUUGUCACUGCCAUUGUGGGUGAAGAGAUUGUGUUACCCUGUCACCGGUCCCCCAGGAUGAGCGCUGAGAACAUGGAGAUCAAGUUAUACUGAGAUGAAGGGUCUUUCAAUCUGCCACAGCUCCAUAACCAGCUCCUCUCUACCUGAUUUCAUCAUUUUCUUCAUUACAUUUUAUGUUCAGAAGCUGGAAUCAGCAACUCGAUUCACAGUGAUUGGACCUGAUCAGCCUGUCACUGCGAUUGUGGGUGAGGCCACUGUGUUACCCUGUCACCUGUCCCCCAGGAUGAGCGCUGAGAACAUGGAGGUGAGAUGGUUCCGGUCUGAGUUCACUUCGUUUGUGCACCUGUAUCAGCAUGGAAAGGAUCAGUAUGAGCAGCAGAUGCCAGAAUAUCAUGGAAGAACAGAGCUUUUGAAAGCCAGCAUCAUGGAUGGGAAUGUUGCCUUGAGGAUUGUGAAUGUCAGACCCUCUGAUGAAGGAGAGUACCGCUGUUUUGUUCAAGAUGAUGUACUUUAUGAAGAAGCAGUACUGGACCUGAAGGUAGAAGCUUCAGGCUCUGCACCUCAAAUCUCUGUUGAGGGUUAUCAGGAUGGAGGGAUCCGAGUUGUGUGUCAGUCGGCUGGAUGGUACCCAGAGCCCGAGGUGCUGUGGCAAGAUCGCAGUGGGCAGCUUUUAUCUUCCUCUACUAAAACAAAAUCCAGAGAUGGACGUGGGCUCUUUGAAAUACAAGGUUCUAUCAUUAUAACAGAAAAUUCAAACCAGAAUUUAUCCUGUUCUAUAAGCAAUGCUUACUUCAGCCUAGAAAAGGAACCCUCAACUUUUUAUAUAUCAGAUUUCUUUUUCCCAAGAAUGUCUCCUUGGCCGGUGGUUUGCAGUGUGACUCUGGUGAUUUUGUUGGUGUUCAUCAGCCUUACUCUUUUUCUGUUCAUGUUAAGAGGGAAACAUCUCAACACUAUCAGUAAACUUCAAGUAGACCUAGAGUGGAGGAGAUCCCUAAGUGAUGCAGCGAAUGUGACUCUGGAUCCAAACACGGCUCAUCCCGAACUAGUCCUGUCUGAGGAUCGGAAAAGUGUGAGAUGGGGAGACACACCGCAGGAUCUGCCCGACAACCCUGAGAGAUUUGACACUGACUUCUGUGUGCUGGGCUGUGAGGGAUUCACCUCGGGGAGACAUUGCUGGGAGGUGGAGGUGGGGGAUGGGCGAUUCUGGGCAGUCGGGGUGGCCAGAGAGUCUGUGGGGAGGAAGGGAUGGAUCAGCCGUAGCCCUGAGGGGGGGAUCUGGGCUGUGGAGCGGUGGUGGGGUCAGUUCUGGGCUCUCAGCUUCCCUGCAACCCCCCUGCCCAAGCGCCGGGCCCCCAGCAGGAUCCGGGUUUAUCUGGACUGUGACUGGGGGCAGGUGACAUUUAUCGAUGCUCGUGACGGGGCCCCGAUCUUCACUUUCCUGCCGGGCUCCAUCCCUGGGGAUAGAAUCCAACCCUGGUUCCAGGUGUGGGCGGAAUCCCGGCUCCGACUGCAUCCCUGAGACACAGCAGAGGGGGGAACCGGAAAUCAGCCUCUCUAGCCUCAUGGACCCCAGUCUCUACGAUCUUGGAGGACUCCCAUCUACCCAACCCCUGGCUCCUCAUCUCUAUGGCCCCUGGAAGCUCCUUCUCCUCCCUCCCUUCAGCCCCAGGGAUUAUUCCGAUUUUACAUAAACCGGU